UCAGCUGUACAUUUGGUAGGCGAGUGUUGUUUGCCACUUCAAGAAAAUACGGCAAAAAAACUCAUUGUAUUUUACCCCAUGGUUAUAUUUUAGUAAAAUAAGCUUCAUGUAAAAACCAUACUCUCUAUCUUUAAUGGGAUUUAAUGUCUAAAGUAAAUGACUGGAAGAAGAGUAAGAUAAGUAUGGACUCAGUGGAAAUGAAGGCAAUAGAAACCGCAGCACUGGGAAGACCCUUUCAGCUGGGGAUGCUGUAUGACUGCAGGGAGGAUGCGGUACUACCCGGAAUCACACUGUGGGAUAAGGAGCAGCUGCAGCAGAGCAUACGUUCUCGGCCACAAAUUUAUACAGAUUUCAAAGUGACAGAUUCAGACUCCAUCGAGGAAAAAUCUAAGUUACUAAACAUAAGUGGCUCUUUAAAAUUAAGUGUAUUGGGUGGACUUAUCAAUGUAAGUGGAGCAGCCAAGUAUCUCAAAGACACCAAGAAGUCUUUGAAACAGCAAAGACUGACUUUACAUUAUCAUUCAACCACUAAGUUUGAAGAACUGACCAUGAACCACUUGGCACCAAAAAAUAUAACUCAUUUUCAGAUGCUGGAUAAUGACAUAGCAACACAUGUAGUGACAGCAAUACUGUAUGGGGCAAAUGCUAACUUUGUUUUUGACAGAGAAGUAUCAUCAGAUGAAGAUACAAAAACAAUUGAAGGAGAGGUUAAAGCUGCCUUUGAUAAACUGACGCACAUUACAGCAGGUGUGAACUCUGAUCUUAAAAUACAUAAAAAACAGACAGCUGGAGUAGAAAAAUUUUGUUGUACAUUUUAUGGUGAUUUUCAACUACCCUCUAAUCCAACCUCAUUCGAUGAUGCUGUGAAAGUUUAUGCAGAUCUUCCAAAACUGUUGGGGGAAAACAAAGAGCAUGCGGUUCCACUGAGAGUGUGGCUUUAUCCUUUAAACAAACUACACUUAGGGACUGCAAAACUACAAAAACACAUCAGCAUAAGUCUAAUCAAAGACAUUGAAUCAGUGAUUGAGAGUUUAGGUACAACAGAAAUGGAAUGCAAUGACCUUCUGAAAGAAACACCGUCUUUGACAUUUGCUGCACUUCGUGAGAAAAUACAACACAUGAAGCAAAACUGUUACAACUACAAACUGAGUUUCAUGGAAAAACUUGGCGCUCUGUUGCCAAAAAUUCGUGGAGACUUAGAAAAGCACACAGCUCUGCUCGAUCUUCUACGUGAUCAUGAAGAAUCUUCAUUCAGAGCAAGUAAACUUGAACAGUGGCUGAAAGAAAGAAAGAAUGAAUUUGACCUUAUUAAAAUUGUGCUUAAACAACUAAAUGAUUGUGGAGAGAGGGUAGAUGCUGACAUAGAUAACAUAUUGAUGGAUCUGGAUGUUGAAAAUUUAGUCAGCUACACUUUUACGUCACUUUACUCAUCUGAUGUGCUCUUAAUUGAACAAAGGGCAUUCCUUCAACAAACUUCAACAAAAGAAAAAUCCUCUGAUUCAAGGCAAAAGACUUGGCUUACUCCUGAUAUCAGACAGGUUAUGAAGAGCAACCUAAAGAUAUUUAAAAACUUAGUAGAUUCAAAGGACCGAAAACCAGCCAAGUUUAUUGUUGCAUCAAAAAUAAUGGAAAAUAAUCCAGGUUCUUGCAUUCUCCUGUAUGAAGAUGGAUCUGAUGAAGCUGUUUGCUUUACUCCUCCAUCAAAACCAGCCUGUCCAGUCAUUGAAGAGAUCAGAGGUAACACAGUAGUUUUGAAGGUAUCUCCAUCAUGUCCUGCUACAGUGGAGCUCAGGGUGCUGUACAAAAUGAAGAACGAAAAUGACUGGAAAUCUCAGCAUGUGGUGCAGAACCAAGACAAUGUUACCCUGACUGAUCUCAGUCCAAAUACUGAAUAUGAGAUUAAAUAUACAGCAGUGGGAAAACUCAACUACAUCAUAGACGGUGAUGUCAUCUACAUCAGAGCCAUAGAUAAGAGUCUCAUUAAAGAUUUAGAGUCUCUCACUGAACAUCUGAGUUUGUCUGAAAACAGGUGCAGUAAACUUUUGGAAGAUAACAAGGGAACAAUAUUCAGUGCGUCUCAGAUAAAGAUUCAACACAUGAGACAACACUGCCAAACGUACAAACAAGAUUUAAGUGAUAGAAUCAAAGUCCUGAUUCAGUCAGUUCAUGCAUGUGAGAAAGAGACGUGUGCUCUGACAGAUCUGAUACAAGCCCAUGAAGAGUCUCCAUUUAAACAGAGUGAUGUUAUGGAGUGGAUCACAAAGACAGAGACAGAACUGAAUACAGUUAAUGAGAUGUUUCAGCAACUCUUGGACUUUGGAGCUGAAGCAGCUGAGAGUCUUGACAAAUAUUUGUCAGAUAUUAAUCUAAACAGUUUGGUGUGCUAUACAUUCAGCUCUCUUGAGCAGCCAGAUGUGUUUCUCCCUGAACAAGAAAACUACCAGAAAUCUCCAAUAAUCAGGAUGAAUCUGGAUAUUGCACCUAAGGCAGCAUCUCAGACGUGGCUCACUGGAAGCAUCAGGGAGAAAAUGAGAGAAGAUUUGAAGAUGUUUAAACAGCUGAUGACUAUAGAUGGGAGCCAAUCCAUUAAAUUUCUGGUUUCUUCAAAAGAACACAGAAUCCAUUCAGGUUCCUGCAUUCUUAUAUAUGAAAAUGGAUGUGAUGAAGCUGUCUGCUUUAGUCCUCCAUUAAAACCAGCCUGUCCAAUCAUUGAAAAGAUCAGAGGUGACACAGUGGUUUUGAAGGUAUCUCCAUCAUGUCCUGCUACAGUGGAGCUCAGGGUGCUACACAAAAAGCACCAAGAAAGUGACUGGAGAUCUCAGCCUGUUUUACAAAGCCAAGACACAGUUACUCUGACUGAUAUCAGUCUAGACACAGAGUAUGAGAUAAAAUAUACAGCAGUGGGGAAGCUAAACUACAUCAUAGACAGUGAUGUCAUCAUAGUUGUCAGAGAGGCAUGUACAAGGCACAGAGCAGUUAAGGCGACCGUUUUUUUGGUGACCCGGAGGACAUCUUCCAACUUGAAAUCAAGCAUUACAGAUUCACAACUGUUCUUUGAAGGGUACGAAGACAUUGACACCCCGGUGGAGAAUAAAUUGAGAACAAUUCUUAAAAACAGUAAAUUAAUAAAAGGACCCACUAACAGAUAUAUACUCAACACAACAAAGAAAAUUGAAGGAGUUUUAUUGAGGAAAGAAAGAAUUGGAGAAAAAUAUGAAAACCCUCGUAAGAUCAUACUGCUGGUUGGAGAAACAGGAACAGGAAAGACCACUCUCAUCAAUGCAAUGGUGAAUUACAUCAUGGGUGUCAGAUGGGAACACAAAAUGUGGCUGGAGGUAGUUGAGAUAUCAGAGAUAUCAGAUGAGUCCCAAACAACAGCAGUCACAGUUUAUGAGGUUUUUUCACAUGGCAGUCCAUUUGACCUCACCAUUAUUGACACACCUGGAUUUGGUGACACAGAAGACUCAAUGUUAGACAAUGAAAAAGACAAACAGAUAACUGAAGCUUUACAGCAGUUGUUCAGAUCUGAGGAUGGGAUUCAUGAAAUUCAUGCCGUGUGUCUUGUGCUGAAGGUAACAGAUGUACGACUCCAUGACAGACAUCGAUACAUUCUGGAUGAAAUUCUGUCAUUAUUUGGAAAGGAUAUAGAAAAACAUAUCAUACUACUGUUCACACACAGUAGUCAAAAAAACAUCCCAAAAAAGAACCUUAACUUCAUUAAAGAGUCUGGAAUUAAAUGUGCCAAAAAUACAAAGGGUGAUUAUAUUUGUUUUCAUUUUGAUAACUGUCAGAGUGAGUCUUUUAAAGAGGAGGACAGAGAGAGUUACAGACCAACAUGGAAUCGUGGAAUUGAAAAUGUUAGACAGUUCUUUGAUUAUCUGAAUCAAAUACACCCAAUAAGUUUAAAUAUGACUGAAGGUGUGAUAAGAGCACGAAAACAACUAAAUGCUUGUGUCAAUAAUUUAAAGGAAAGAAUCCAGUGGGCAGAACUGAAACAGAAAGAGCUUGAGCAAACACAAACAGCUGUGAGGGAAUUUGAAAAUUACAGAGAAAAACAGAAUAACUUUCAAUAUGAAGUGGAUGAACCUUAAAAAUUCUUGGUCACAAUAGAGUCAUCAUGGUGGCACUUUAGCAAACAGGCAACCC